AGCCUUCUAAUGUUGAUAAUAUCUGCCAGUUUACCAUCUUUGAGGCAACAAAUUACACACAAUUCGUCGACUGGAUACAAACAAAAAACUGAAGGGAACAUGUAUAUUGAUUAACAGAACUUGAAGGAGCAAUUUUGUUAUAUAAUUCGAUCUGUAGGAAGCAUCUGAACAAAAUACAGGGAAUAAUUCAAAACUAGAAGAAAUAUAUUAAAAAAGAUACGAAAUGUCGGGAGACACACUCUAGUACGAAAGAAGAAGUUUUGUUUAUGUUUUCGACGGCCAUUAUAAUGAAGUCAUUUGUCUUGGCAUGGUGGAUUGAUACAAGACAAAAACAUUCCUAAUCUGUCUUCUGUAGAAAUCAAUGAUCAUUAUAAGCAACCAACUACUAGUAUUUUUUUUUUUUCUUUUUUUGGCUUUAUCGAGUUUUUAAAAGAGUGGACUUAUUUUAAGACCCAUCAUUGUUUGGAUCAGCGAUCUAUUGAAAGUUGAAAGUUGAAACACACUACAGUACAUUACUAGACUAGGCUAAAUUAGGUGCAGCCUAAAGUAAACAACAGAAGAUUCGACCCGUUUUGUUUUCGGGUCGGGCAAAACAGGGUACCUAAAGCGGAGAAACCAAACGAUGACGUGUCCAAGAGUGAUUGCCUAAAUGACAACUUCUCUUCCGUCGUACUCUUCUUUACCCUCUCCUCCUUCAAUUUGAUUCCUUUCGUUCUCGAUCGGAAAAGUCAUCCCCUUUAUUUUUAUUUUUUUGCUUCUCCGAAGUCAGAAAACAAAAAAGAAGGAUUUUUUUUCAACACUAAUCCAAAGAUUGAUCUUUUGUUUGUUUGUUAAUGAAUGUAGUAGUAAAACCUUACUCAUUCCCGUGAUCCUAGUAGUAGUGAUAAAAACAACUUGGGGGCUCUGUCUCGAUUUCGCUAGAAGAAUUGGGGGAAAACUUUUUUUAGGUGAAGACUUCAUUUUUAAGUUAGUUUUGUUUAAAUGCAGCAGCAGCUCCUCCUUUAUUUCUUCUAGUUUUUAUCGAAAUUGGUGUAAUAAUAAUCUCUUGGAACUGGUUUCAGAUUUUAUUUAGGGAAUUGCACACACUUCUUUUGGGUUUUGUGAUCGGAGACUUUUAGGUCAAUGUCAGCUCCACCGCGAGUUCGUUCUGUGGAUUCUUCCGACAGAGGAGAAUUCCGAUCAGUUCUUGGUCCCGCCGGUAAUAAGCUGCAGCAGAAACCGUUGUCUAAGCCUGUGAAGAAGCAAGUGGCUGACAAAACUAAUAAAAACACAACCUUUACAGCGUCGUCGUCUCCAAGUCCGACGAAGAAGAUGCCGCAAUGCUCGCCUCUACUAAGCCCUUCAAUUCUUAGACGGAAUGGUAUCUCGUCCAUGUCCGCUUCGUAUUCUUCUGACGCGUCGUCUUCUUGCGAGUCGUCGCCGUUGAGUAUGGCGUCUACUUCUAGCGGGAAGAAGAGGGCUUUGCGCCGCCGAAAUGGGUCUGUCUCUUCAACCUCUUCUUCACUGAGAAGGAAUCUUACUGAGGAGAGAGAUGAGAAGCCUUGUGGUGAUUGCUUCUCUGACGGCCGUAAAAGAUGCGCUUGGAUCACUCCCAAAUCUGACCAAUGUUACAUUGCUUUCCAUGAUGAAGAAUGGGGAGUUCCUGUCCAUGAUGACAAGAAACUUUUCGAGUUACUAAGCCUGUCUGGUGCUCUUGCUGAACUAUCUUGGAAAGACAUACUUUCCAAAAGACAAUUAUUCAGGGAAGUUUUCAUGGACUUUGAUCCAAUUGCAAUAUCUGAACUAACUAAUAAAAAGAUAACAUCCCCUGACAUUGCUACCACCACGUUACUAUCAGAGCAAAAGCUACGGUCAAUCCUCGAGAACGCAAACCAAGUUCGCAAGAUAAUAGUUGAAUUUGGAUCAUUUGACAAGUACAUUUGGAACUUCGUUAACCAGAAACCUACUCAGAGCCAAUUCCGGUACCCACGACAAGUCCCUGUGAAGACUUCCAAAGCCGAACUGAUAAGCAAAGACCUUGUUCGCAGAGGCUUUCGCAGUGUCAGCCCAACGGUUAUUUACUCUUUCAUGCAAACAGCUGGUCUCACAAACGACCAUCUCACUUGUUGCUUCAGACACCAUGAUUGUAUGACAAAGGACGAGACUGGUAAUUAAAGAAAAUCCAAGAGAGCAUAGUUUAACAAUGUACUGCUUAGAAUGCUGUGUUUGCAUUUGUACAGAUGUUUUUUGUUGUCAAACUAGGAGGAGUUUCUAAGCCGAAUGUAUUGGAGAUUGUAUGAAAAGGAUUACAUGUUACAUUUUCAGCAUCAAUGGAUUAUAAUCUACUCUC